AUGGGCAAUUACACCACAGUGAGUAUAUUCCUUCUAUGGGGAUUUUCCAGUUUCCCAGACCUGCAGAACUUCCUCUUCAUGGUAAUUUUCUUCUCCCAUGUGACCAUCAUAGCUGCAAAUCUGUCAAUCAUGGUGGCCAUCAAUUUCAGUCACAACCUUCACACUCCCAUGUACUAUUUUCUCUGUGGCCUGUCCCUUUCAGAAACCUGUACGUCUAUGGUGGUCCUUCCACGCAUGUUAGUAGACCUGCUAUCAGAGAGCAAGACCAUUUCUCUUUCCGAGUGUGCCACACAGAUGUUUUUCUUCUUGGGCUUGGCAGCCAACAAUUGUUUCAUAAUGGCUGCCAUGUCUUAUGACCGUUACAUAGCUAUCCACAACCCACUGCAGUACUCAAUCCUGAUGACCCAAAAGAUCUGCUUUCAGUUCAUGAUGGCCUCCUGCAUGAUUGGGUUCCUGGUUUCUCUGUGCAUCAUCCUCACUGUAUUCAGCUUGUCGUUUUGUGAUUCCAACAUCAUCCAACAUUUUUUCUGUGACAUCUCACCUGUGGUCAGCCUUGCUUGUGAUUAUACUUCCCAUCAUAAAAUGGCUAUUUUUGGGUUCUCUGCCUUUGUUUUGGUGGGUAGUUUUACUUUAAUUAUGAUUUCCUAUGUCUUCAUUGUGUCUGUAGUCAUGAAGAUGCCCUCUGUGAAGGGGAGGUAUAAGGCCUUCUCAACUUGUUCUUCCCAUCUCACAGUCGUGUCCAUACACUAUGGCUUUGCUUGCUUUGUCUAUUUGAGGCCAAAGAACCGUGACUCAUUCGGUGAAGACAUGCUGAUGUCUGUGACAUAUACGGUGCUGACACCUCUGCUUAACCCCAUCGUUUACAGUCUUAGGAACAAAGAGAUGCAGGUAGCUCUAAGGAAAGUACUAGACAGUGUAACUAGGUUUUUCCCUCAGUUGACAAAUAAAAGAGUCCAGAACAUUUGUAAAAAUUAUUGA